AUGGGGCGUCAAGACCUCCCACUGCCACGCCGGGACUUCCCCGACUUCUCUGUCUCGCCUGAGGAGCAUCAAGACUGCAAGGACCUGGCCACGAAGCUGCUAGCUCAUACGGUGCACGAGUUCGAACGGGUUGCCUACGAUGAGAACGGCGCGGUCGGCCACCGCCGGUGGAAGGCAAAAUCCACCAAAAAUGACAUCACGCUGUACCGCGAACGCGACGGCGGUUCUAUGGGCAUGGUACUGGCCGACUCGCUGCAUCGGCUGGUCGAGAAGCAGGAGAUUUUCUCUCCUACCGCAGCGACAUUGAUCCCACCGACUCUGCUACUCAUUGGGACCCGACAGGUUUCGUGGAGAACGCCAUGA